AUGUCUCGUUUUGGCCUGACCAUCAUAAUGUAUGUUAAGAUAUUCGGCUCCAAAUCGGAAUUGCAGAUUCAUUCUCAGCUGCACAUGGACGAGGUGAAGCCAUACAAGUGCACGCAGUGCAGCAAGACAUUCGCCAACAGCGCAUACAUGAGCCAGCACACGCGCAUCCACCUGGGCAUCAAGCCCUUCCGCUGCGAGAUCUGUCCGCGCAACUUCACACAGCUGUCACACCUGCAGCAGCACAUACGCACACACACCGGCGACAAGCCCUACAAGUGCCGGCAUCCCAACUGCAACAAGGCCUUCGCGCAGCUCAGCAACCUGCAGUCGCACUCGCGCUGCCACCAGACCGACAAGCCCUACAAGUGCAACUCCUGCUACAAGUGCUUCUCCGACGAGCCCUCCCUGCUCGAGCACAUCCCCAAGCACAAGGAGUCCAAGCACCUAAAGACGCACAUCUGCCAGUACUGCGGCAAGAGCUACAAGCAAGAGAGCCACCUGUCGGAGCACAUGCAUCAGAAGCAUGCCGAAAGGACCGACAAGCAGCCGCCCAUCAGUCAGCACGAGGCCUCCAACAACAAAACAAUGGGAAAUAAUGAUCACCUGCACCGAGAUAUGAACGGUGGUGGUAAUGGAGGGGAUGAUCCACACUCAGGAAGGCCUCCCGCACCACCACCCACUCCGGGCGCGGUUUCCCCAGGAAACUAUCACGACUCGGUGAUCGGCAAGAACAAUACGUCCUCCGCCUCAGCAUUCACACCCAUCCAGUCGAUGGGCAUCCCCUCACAUCAUCACAACAACCACCUCAACCAUCACCAGAUCUCAGACCCGCGUCUAUCCUACAACGCCAUCGCCUUCCCCGGCACCAAGGUUGUGACCUCCGCCGGCCAGAUCGAGGGCCUCCCCGGCAGUGUGCAGACUUCGGUCGCCAUGGAAAUGCCCAAAAAAGUCUCGGGCAACAGCUUCCCCAACUUGAUUUCGCUCAACCAGAUCAGGAACUAUGCUCACCAGCCGACUCCAUCGCUCAUGACGACCGAGCACCUCAUCGAAGGCCUCAAGAACAAGAGCCAAUAAUGGCACGCCCCCCUCACGUACCCUGCCUGGGUCUCAGCUCAGCACUGGACUAAUUGAUAGUGUUUGAUGUGAUCUGUGUCUGCUUCUGCUUUCCAAACAAUAACUUUACUGUCACCACCAAGUGAGUACUGUGCUUGUCGGUUGAAUAUUUGAACUGCGCAGGCGUUUUGUUUCGAAUAUAGUGACUCAAUUUGUUGAUUAUUUGAAGAUUUGUUUUUGUGAAUGUCGGUUGUAAUUAUAGUU